UGAGUGCAAUUUCCACUGGUGCUUACCUAAAGAGAGAUCUGAGAAGUAUGUUUGCUGUACGAAAUAACAACUGUAUUAGUGAAGAAACUACAUUCUGUAAACAAGAUAAUUUACAGCAGUCUUUAACCAUACUGAAUGAAGAAUUUGAUUCAUUUGGUAUUUCAUCGGUAACUGAAGAUAAUGAUUUACAAACCUUGGAAUCAUUGAAAGACCUAUCUGUACAAGUAAUAAAUGCUGCUUGGAAAAUGAUACAUAAACAUAGAUACUUAAUGCAAUUGCACGAUAAACUGAUUGAUUUAAAUCAUAAAACUGUUAAUGAUAAUGUUAAUCUUAAGAAUCAUGUAAAGCGUCUGAAGGAAGAUAUACAAAAGAAAGAACAUAUGAUGUGCCAAGCAGAGGAAAGAGAAAGAAGACUAAAUGUUAAAUGUGAGGAUGCAUCACGUAAUCUAAAGCAGGAAAGAGACGAGAUACGAAAACUAAAGAAACAAAUUCAGUUUAAAGAAACUCAACACGAGCAUGAAGUAAGAAGAAUCACGCAGAGUAAUCAGAAGCUCCAAGAGCAGUUACAAAAAUCUGUUGGUUCUUUUACACCAAGAGAUAAAUUAUUACAAAAAAUGCAUGAAAAGGAACUAACUGCGUACAAACAAACUAUUUGUCGUUUGGAAGAAAACAAUAGGCAUAUGUUGGAAGAAAUCAAUAAUCUGAAAGAAGCAUUGGAGUUACAUCAAACUGGAAUUGAUUUACAUAUUGAAGCAUCUGGAGCUUGGACCAAUGCAAAUAUUUGAGCAUCAAAUGUUAUCGAUAUUUAUAAUUUAUUUAUAAUGGUAUAUGAAAUAUGAAUUGUAUAUGAAA